CAUAGCUGUGAAAAAAUAGUGGAGAACGGACCGAGAGAACAAGCAGGUUUUUGGACAAUAAGUGUCGAUUCAAAAAGUGCAGUAAUAGAAAAAAAAGGAAGAAAAAAAAAAACAAAUUAAAAGAAGUUAUAGUUCACAUUGUGCGAAACAAGCAAAUAAGGCAAUAUGCAGAUCUUUGUCAAGACUUUAACCGGCAAGACCAUCACCUUGGAGGUCGAACCCUCCGAUACCAUUGAGAACGUCAAGGCCAAGAUCCAGGACAAGGAGGGUAUUCCCCCAGACCAGCAGCGAUUGAUCUUUGCUGGCAAGCAGCUUGAGGACGGACGCACUCUGUCCGACUACAACAUUCAGAAGGAGUCGACUCUUCACUUAGUUCUCCGCCUGCGUGGUGGUAUGCAGAUCUUUGUCAAGACUUUGACCGGCAAGACCAUCACCUUGGAGGUCGAGCCCUCCGAUACCAUUGAGAAUGUCAAGGCCAAGAUCCAGGACAAGGAGGGUAUUCCCCCAGACCAGCAGCGAUUGAUCUUUGCUGGCAAGCAGCUUGAGGACGGACGCACUCUGUCGGACUACAACAUCCAAAAGGAGUCUACUUUGCAUUUGGUCCUGCGUCUGCGUGGUGGUAUGCAGAUCUUUGUCAAGACUUUGACCGGCAAGACCAUCACCUUGGAGGUCGAGCCCUCCGAUACCAUUGAGAAUGUCAAGGCCAAGAUCCAGGACAAGGAGGGUAUUCCCCCAGACCAGCAGCGAUUGAUCUUUGCUGGCAAGCAGCUUGAGGACGGACGCACUCUGUCCGACUACAACAUCCAAAAGGAGUCUACUUUGCAUUUGGUCCUGCGUCUGCGUGGUGGUAUGCAGAUCUUUGUCAAGACUUUGACCGGCAAGACCAUCACCUUGGAGGUCGAGCCCUCCGAUACCAUUGAGAAUGUCAAGGCCAAGAUCCAGGACAAGGAGGGUAUUCCCCCAGACCAGCAGCGAUUGAUCUUUGCUGGCAAGCAGCUUGAGGACGGACGCACUCUGUCGGACUACAACAUCCAAAAGGAGUCUACUUUGCAUUUGGUCCUGCGUCUGCGUGGUGGUAUGCAGAUCUUUGUCAAGACUUUGACCGGCAAGACCAUCACCUUGGAGGUCGAGCCCUCCGAUACCAUUGAAAAUGUCAAGGCCAAGAUCCAGGACAAGGAGGGUAUUCCCCCAGACCAGCAGCGAUUGAUCUUUGCUGGCAAGCAGCUUGAGGACGGACGCACUCUGUCGGACUACAACAUUCAGAAGGAGUCUACUUUGCAUUUGGUCCUGCGUCUGCGUGGUGGUAUGCAGAUCUUUGUCAAGACUUUGACCGGCAAGACCAUCACCUUGGAGGUCGAGCCCUCCGAUACCAUUGAGAAUGUCAAGGCCAAGAUCCAGGACAAGGAGGGUAUUCCCCCAGACCAGCAGCGAUUGAUCUUUGCUGGCAAGCAGCUUGAGGACGGACGCACUCUGUCCGACUACAACAUCCAAAAGGAGUCUACUUUGCAUUUGGUCCUGCGUCUGCGUGGUGGUAUGCAGAUCUUUGUCAAGACUUUGACCGGCAAGACCAUCACCUUGGAGGUCGAGCCCUCCGAUACCAUUGAGAAUGUCAAGGCCAAGAUCCAGGACAAGGAGGGUAUUCCCCCAGACCAGCAGCGAUUGAUCUUUGCUGGCAAGCAGCUUGAGGACGGACGCACUCUGUCGGACUACAACAUUCAGAAGGAGUCGACUCUUCAUUUAGUUCUCCGUCUGCGUGGUGGUAUGCAGAUCUUUGUCAAGACUUUGACCGGCAAGACCAUCACCUUGGAGGUCGAGCCAUCCGAUACCAUCGAGAAUGUCAAGGCCAAGAUCCAGGACAAGGAGGGUAUUCCCCCAGACCAGCAGCGUUUGAUCUUUGCUGGCAAGCAGCUUGAGGACGGACGCACUCUGUCGGACUACAACAUCCAAAAGGAGUCUACUUUGCAUUUGGUCCUGCGUCUGCGUGGUGGUAUGCAGAUCUUUGUCAAGACUUUGACCGGCAAGACCAUCACCUUGGAGGUCGAGCCCUCCGAUACCAUUGAGAAUGUCAAGGCCAAGAUCCAGGACAAGGAGGGUAUUCCCCCAGACCAGCAGCGAUUGAUCUUUGCUGGCAAGCAGCUUGAGGACGGACGCACUCUGUCCGACUACAACAUCCAAAAGGAGUCUACUUUGCAUUUGGUCCUGCGUCUACGUGGUGGCGCUCUCUAGAUUUUUUCCGCAAUUAUAAUCUAAAAUUUAAUCUUGCCAAGGCAGUAGAAGUAUUCAAAGUAAACUUUUAGUUAAUUUGCGUGAACAAUAAUCUUAAUCGGAAAUUAUAUUUGUGUAUUACAACAAAAAAUACAUUUUAAAUUUAUUUGUUUAAAACUUA